UGUUUACAUUAUUUUUAAAGCCGCGAAAUUAUUUGUGAUUCAUUUUCUGCCGGAACCGUUUUUCCUGCAGCGAAAGUGGCCACCGGAAUGACGCGUUAAUCGGUUACGCAAAUUUAGAUAAGUCACUUGCUGACCGGUGGCAACCGCGUGAUUGGCGGGCUGAACCGGGAAGUUUUGGCGGUGUACCGCAAACGACCUACAUGGAGUUCGCGUCUAGUCCGCCGUUGGUGUCCAAGGCCAAACUCGGCACCCGGCACGGUUGUGCGUCAUCUCGAAAUCUCCAGAAUACAGGCAACAUUUUUGAAGACACGCUCUGGAAGAAGGAACUGUACGAAAAAUCGUAGCAUCGACGCUCGACCAAUGACCUUGACGAGGCAGUUAAAUCGGCCUCGGUGAUAACGGCCCACUUGACAUCGGUUCGCGACACGGUCCGAAAGAUCGAAACCAUCUUUGAGAACACUGACUUUGACCACAGUCCUGGCCGUAAGUCGAUCGGGGAUAGCGCAAAGAAAGCUGAAGUGGAGAAGAAAAUCUCGAAGGAAUCGGUGGUGGUUGAGGAGAUCCCCACCAAGGUUCUUGAGCUGGAGAAGACGAUGGAGCAGUGUGCGUACCGGUGGAAGUCGAGCCAAAACUUUCGGAGAGCAAUCUGGACGUGGUUCUGACCAACAAUACGCAGAAAAGGAAGGAAGAACUGCUGCAAUACCAGCAGCACCCGGAGACGCCACUGUUCAAUCCAAAUUCACAACUCUUCAUCCGUCGCAAAGCGACCAACGGCGCGUCGAGCAGCGUCAUUCAGCGUACGAUGUACCGAUAAAGCAUCGUGUCAAGCACCGAUCUACCCGGGCUGGACAAACCCAACAGUUCGACGUAGGCGCAACCGGGAACUGUUCGCAAAACCAUGCUGAUGACCCGCGUGACGGUCAACAUGCGGAAGAUCUCCCGACGUGCCUCGGACAUCGGCACCAGCCCGGCACCUUCACGGCCAAGCUCGUUCAUCGAGGAGGACGAGUUCGCGCAACCACCGUCGGGUUGUGACGCCCACGAAUGGGCCUACACCACCGCCAGCAACGGCAACAGCAACUCCUUUCCGCCACUCCUGUGGCAACAACCUGCUGAAGGUUCAAGCGUCAAUGAAAGCCGACCCACGUCCUCAGUUACCGGGAAUCGUCGGAGUAUGUGCACCCCGGUGAAGAGUGGACCACGUAGCGACCAGUUCGUGUGCUGCAACUGUCAACCAUGUUCGAACCGGAUGUUGUAG